AAAUCCCUUUGAGGGGUUAUUUUUUGCAGUUGGUUUACUUCUAAUAUUUGAUCGUGUUUGAUAGAAUAGCACGUUAGCUAGUUAUUUAAUAUCAGCUCUGUUGACCGGAAGUGCGUCACUCGUACUAGCCGAUCUUCACAUUAUCUGCUGGACAUCACAUUAAGCCACGGCCACAGAUGAUAAGUUGUUUGAAACACCUUCAGUCUGCAUCAGUCUUUUACAGCAUUUUCUCAUGACUCCGACCCUAACAUUAAGCAUGAUGCCAAGUGCAUGGGAUUUUUAGACCGGACCCGUGACUCUCAGCUUUGAAUCGGAACAUUCUGUUAUAUCGAACACGGCCUACAGUCUUUUGGCUCAUUGCCAUCGAAUUUGAGCCUUAAAGCGAUUGGUCCAACUCUUCCUCAAGAAACCUCAGAGCCGCCAAGGACAUGCAGAACUACAGACACGGAUAUCCAAACAUCAAUGAAGAGGAAUGUCCAGAAGAAAGAAUGACUAAUUUAAAAUUCUAUCUCAAUGAAAUGAAAUCAUCACCUGAUGAUGUGUCGAUUGAGACAUUUCACACCGAGUGGAAAACAGAUUACAAGAGGCUGGAGAGAGUUCACUCCUACAUUCAGUGGUUGUUUCCUCUGCGAGAGCCAGGGGUCAACUACAUGGCUGCAGAGCUCACCAAGAAGGAAAUCCAAGCCUUCAGGGAGAGCGAUGAAGCUAAGAGCCGUCUUCUGGAUUCCUACGAGCUCAUGCUUGGUUUCUACGGCAUACAGCUGCUCAGCAGAGAAAGCGGGGAGGUGAAGCGCGCCGAGAACUGGAGGGAGCGAUUCGCCAAUCUAGAGAGAAACAUGCACAAUAAUCUCCGUAUCACAAGGAUACUCAAGAGCCUGGGAGAGCUUGGUUUUGAGCAUUUCCAAGCCCCUCUGGUGCGCUUCUUCCUGGAGGAGACCCUCAUCAGAAAGACCCUCAGCAGCGUUAAACGCAGCGUGCUUGACUAUUUCCUGUUUGCCGUGCGGGACAAGCGUGAGCGCAGGAAGCUGGUGCGCUUAGCCUUCCAGCACUUUGAACCCAAAGACAAGUUUGUGUGGUGCCCCAGAAAAAUCCAGAAACGCUUCAAGAAGAAGUCGGAGAAGCGGCAGAACUCUUCAGCUGGCAGCGGAGAGAGCGCAGCGCAGGACGAAGGUCAUUCACGAUACAAAAACAAGGACGAAGAAGCCGCAAGUGAGCUAAAACAUAGCAAGCCAGUUGUUGAUCUUAUAGAUGCAAAGAAGCAGGCCGACAAUGACUCUGUAAUGAGAGUCGACUCCGAAAAACAUUCUGAGGGCUUGUCAGAAGAUCAGGAGCCCAAUCCAGACACUGCUUCCGUAGAAUUACCUCUCAAUAAUGGCACCAGUGUUAACAACGGAGACACUGUCAGUGAUGAACCAAGCAGUGUUGAAGGCCAACAAGUCAUCCUAAAACCUGAAGAAGCACUGGAGAUCUCAAACUGGGAACAUGUAGCUGGUUUUAGAGCAGGAUCAGCAGACUGUGACGAGACUCGGGAAGGGAUUGACAGUCCUGCUGAAUCCCAGGAGGAACAUGAAGGAACUGCCUCAGGUACAAGUGAAGACAGGACAGUGACUGACAGCCCUAAACACAAUUCACCAACACAGUCUGAGACCAACACCAGGCCUGACUUGAUGAUGACGAGCGUCCAAUCAGAGAACCAUGAGAAGAAUGGAAUGAACUGCAACCAGUCAAAUGGAUCGGAGAAUGAAGAACCGAUGGACAUUGUGGACAUGAGUUCAUACCUCGCCCAUGAAUGAUUCCUAAACAUGAAAAAGCACUGAAAAUGGACACUUUAUGAACUUAUUACAAGAUGAGAUAUGAACUGAUUUUUUUUUUUUUAAUAAGGAAUUAAUUCAAACACGUUUUCUAUGUUGGUUCAGUUUUGAAGGGGCCAAAUGUUUUGUUAUAGCUGUUUUUUUUUUCUAGUUUGAAUGUUUAUUUGUCCAUACUUUCAUAUUUACAGUUUUUCCAAGCAUUUUGUUUUGUUCAAACUGAUACUCUGAAAGAAGAAUGUACAUUCAACUAAUAAGAACCAACUAUUGAUACAAAUAUUUCCAGAGUAAAUAAAUAGUUAGGAUACUGUUUUUCAGCAGAUAUACUGUAUUUUUGCUGAUGCUGUCCCUUAACUCAUUUUUGAGCUUGUCUUUUAUUAAGUAAUGGAAAUUUAAAAAGUUCAAAAAUGUUAAUUUUACAGUUGCAUUCAUAUAAACUAUAGAAGCAUUAAUAACUAAAUAAGCUCUGUGAUCAGAAGUUGUAUAAAUUAAUCCCUUAGUGAUUCUUUCAAUGUGCAGCACAUGCAGUAUCCUCCAAUUUAUAAUUUUUUUCCCCCCACAGUACCAUAAAUUAACACUUCAUGAAGUAUUCUAGAAUAAAAAAAAACUUUGUCAGCUAUGAAUAAAGGUUUAUUGUUUCUGUUGUUUUAGAAUAAAACAAUAAUUAAAGUGUACUUUAAUUUUGCUCAAUUGCUGCAGUUCAGGAAUAAAAGCAGAAAAACUUAAGGGAAUAAAGGAAAUGUGUAUGUUCUG